GGCCUUUGCAGCAAGUGAAGGCGAGUGCAGGACACACCGAGACCUCUGGUUCUUUGUGCAAGGCAGAAUCCGUUCCUGAGGUGCGGGUGCUGUGUGAUCACCGGGUUUGCCCACCUGCAGCAAUGGGACGCAGGAAGUCAAAACGGAAACCACCCCCCAAGAAGAAGAUGACAGGCACCCUGGAGACCCAAUUCACCUGUCCCUUCUGCAACCAUGAGAAAUCCUGUGACGUGAAAAUGGACCGUGCCCGCAAUACUGGAGUCAUCUCUUGUACCGUGUGCCUAGAGGAAUUCCAGACGCCCAUCACAUAUUUGUCAGAACCAGUAGACGUGUACAGCGAUUGGAUCGACGCCUGUGAGGCAGCCAAUCAGUAGCAACACGGAGGACCCACCCCCUUGGUAGCCCUGCCUGCCGUGGACCCACCUGCUGGGUACCAAUCCAGAGACAUUCCAGGGGUCCAGGGUGUGGGUCCAGGGCAGUGUGUGUGGAAUGGGUGAGAGCGUGAGUGUGAGUUGGUGUGGCUCCAAGUGUGGCUGUAGCUGUGUGCCCAUAGACUUGAAGUGGAGUUGAGGGUCUUCUGGGCCUGAGAGGCCCAAACUGGCCUCCUUUGGCUCCAGCUGCUCCCUUCUCCAGCCCCCACCCUCCCCUGGCUCCCUCAGAGUGGUUUCCUGACAUCCUGGGCAAGGAAAGCCACCAGAGCCUGAAGUGGUACCUCCCUGGACGACUCAUCACCUCACCAGCACCUCACCUGUAUGAACAGGACUUCCCGCCCUCCUUCCCUUCCACCCAGUACCUGUACCUGGGUGUCAAAGCCACAUUCCCGAGGUCCCUUGGCUGGACCUUGGUAGGAGGCCAGCUCCCCUGUGCUAACCAGGAAGCUCAGUUUCAUGUUGAGUUGCUUUUUUAGAGGAGGCAAGGGAUGGCGUGGGGAUAGCUGUCAAUCAACUAGCCCUUCAAUAAAGCAGCCAACGCAGA